CGACCAGCACUGAGGCACGGCUGGUGGCAGGCAACGAAUACACCCUGUUCUGGUGCGGUGUCACUGGCACCAUGCUCUCAUGGACUGCUUUCCAUCUGACAGCCAAGGCUUUUCAGCCAGAGUACACCGGAUCUACUGCCAGAAACCUCAAGAUGGGCAAGUUUGUGCUUGGUGUGCACACUCGUGUUACCCUCUGGUCAAUCAAUCAAGCCGACCAUCAGCUUCCGGUCUGGGCUUUAUUUACCUUCUUCCUUCCGGUACUGGCAUCGGCGAUCGUGCUGCCUGUCGUAUACAAGGAAUACAUGGCGAAAAACUCGAUAGUGGAAGAGCUUGUCGACAAUUUGGUAUUGCCGCGCGAAAAGAUCUUGGACGAUGCACCAAUCUCAUCGUAUAUGACGUUGAAGACAGGACGACCGGCAGCAGUCAUUGAGAGCGGAUCAACUAAAUUCAGCAUGUAUACCGGAGAGUCGUUUCCAUUGUCUCAGCAGUAUAUUCGUAGCCCACUGAGUAUUGCGUGGAAUUCACCGCAAACGCUGCCUUCCCAGGUGUCAUCUGAUGAAGAUAGUCCCCGACUGUUGGCUCGCAUCGGCCGUGCACUGCUUUCUGUUAUCGAGUGUAGCAUCUUGGCGUCUGUCCUGUCGAUGACUUCGAUGGUCUUGAGCAUCCUUCUGCUGACUUCAGUCUCGCGCCAGCAUCAGUAUUCAACACAUACUCCACUCAUAUACGGCAAGGCUGCCUCAGAGCUGGUCUCAAUGAGCAGUUACGCAGAUCAUUCGCCAAGAAUUGCUGUGUUUUGUUCCGGUCAGCGGCAGCCGCGCACAAAGGGUGGUGUUUUUGCACCCCAGCACGCAACAAUACUCAUUGAACACCCUAUUGGGUAUCCGUCACUGGUCGCUCGUUCGCUGCAGUUGUACUUUGUCGAGCAUGGGCGCCGUGUCUGUAUUUAUGACCGUCCGGGAUACAUGGCCUCGCCGCUCGGAUUUGCACCAGUGGCUCCGGAAGCAGUACAUAAAGCACUCAGCCAGGAACUUUACGCCAUAGGUGAAUCUGGUCCGUUCUAUGUCAUUGGUGUUGACUCGGGGUCGGAGUUUGCGAUGCUAUUCCCGCACGACGAUUAUGUCUCGACUAUUGGGAUGGCGCUGGUCAGGCCAACACAGCUGGCUGUUGCAGGGCUUCUUUCAAAUGGAACUCUGGCCAAACUCAUGAUCAAACACGAAGUGCUUGCCACCGAUCGGCAGCGCUCGCUUGAGACCUUGGACAAUCUCCGGCUACUUUCUGCUAUUGGCUUUCUGUCGUCUGGCAUACCCGCUGAGGCUACGAUCCAUGAAUCUGACCGUGCACUGGCAGAAUGGGCCUUUGCGAACCCGAACAUGGCACAGAUUCAGUACUUUGAACAGGUGAAGGUCGGGAUGCUGGCAGAUACAAUUGAGGAAGAGAUACAGCUCAGCAGCAACACAAAGAGUAUUCCAGUGGCAGUAUUCGGCUUGGCACAAGAUGCAGCAAAACGGAGCUUGUUCUCUAAGCUCUUGUCGAGCGCAUUCGAGAUCGAGUUGAGCGAAUCCAAUUCCGACAAACCGCUGACGCUGGGCACCAUUGGCGAGCAAGUAUCAUGGCACAUUCAGAGAAUACACUAAGAGUGCCGUGUUCUUCACCAGCCCAAGCCCAAUUGUGCAUUGCUUCAAACUUGUUCCAAUCAUAUGCACCCG